AUGAACUCAAAGAACGAUCUUUUUAUUGGUUUUUUUUUUUUUUUUUACAAUUAUUAUUAUUAUUAUAAUAAUAAUAAUAAUAAUAAUAAUAAUAAUAAUAAUAAUAAUAAUAAUAAUAAUAAUAAUAAUAAUAAUAAUAAUAAUAAUAAUAAUAAUAUUUAUAUUAUUGUUAUUAUUGGACUGGAUCCUCAACAGAACCACCCUUCUUUAAAAAUCCCACCUCCGCCAUCUCCUACAUCACCGUACGUUAGAAGACACGCGAGACAACAUUCAAGGUCUAAUUCUUCAAAUAGUCCAGGUGAAUUAACAGGUGGAGUUGAAAUAAUACAACAACAAAAUAGUAUAAAUACACAAACAUCACCACCAACUUCAACAUCCCCAAAUACAGUACCACCACCACCACCAACUAAUACAACAACAUCAUCGACGACAAUAACAAGAAAUAGUAAUAAUAUAAAUAAUAGUAACGGCGGAAUUAUAAAUAGUAGUAGUGGAAGUAAUAUAAAUAAUAGUAGUAGCAGUGGGGUAAUUAACACAAAUAUAAAUAAUAGUGGUGGAAACAUUUCACCAACUAGUAAUUCAUUACCUUCAUCAAAUAAUAAUAUACUUUAUACUAGUAGUGGUAGUAAUAGUGGAAAUAAUAACAACAACAAUAAUACAAUAAAUAUAAGUAGUGGUAGUAGUGGAAUUAAUAAUAGUAGUAAUAGUAAUAUAAACAACAAUAAUAAUAAUAAUAGUAGUAGUAGUAGUGGUAUUCACGCUUCAGGUAGUUUAACAGCAAUACCAACAAACACCAAUAGUAAUAGUAGUAUAUUUCACUCAAGCAACAGUGUAAAUAGAAUAAAUAAAUCAAAUUAUAGUGCCGACAGUUUAGUAUUACCACCAAAUCGUAUUUCUCAAGUACCUCAAUCACAAACACAACCUCAAUUACAAAUUUCCCCAUCAACAUCUUUUUCAUCACAACAGCAACAACAGCAACAAUUGCAACAACAAUUACAAUUACAACAACAAUUACAACAACAAAUACAGCAACAACAACAAAUACAGCAACAACAAAAUUUACAUUUUACCUACUCUAAAACAUUUACGAGUGGACAACCAAAUACAUUAGUAAAUUUAUCAUCACCACCACCUCAAUCCAAGCACCUUCAUGUUUCAUCGGAUCAUUCAUUUUUCAACGAAGUCCUUACACCUACUCCAGUAAUUCAUAAUAGUACAAAUCAAAAUAAUCAAUUACUUUUUGGCGACAGCGAUCCACUUUCAUUUUUAGAAUAUAAUAAUUUUAUCAAUAGGUAUCAACCAGCUUUAAAAAAUAAUCAACCAGUUUCAUCAUAUAGACAACAACAGCAAAUACAACAUCAAAUUCAAUUACAACAAAUACAACAACAACAACAACAACAACAACAAAUCCAACAACAACAACUACAACAACAACAACAAAUUCAACAACAACAAAUUCAACAACAACAACAACAAAUUCAACAACAACAACAACAACAACAACAACAACAACAACAACAACAACAACUACAACAAAUUCAACCACCACCAACUAUUCAACCACCACCACAACAAACAACACCAACAUUACGUGGAAAUAGAAGUAGUGGUAAUCUUUCUGGUUUAAAUAGUUUUUCAUUAAAGCAAUCAACAGAUUCAUUAACACCACCACCAAAUUCACAACAAUCAACUGUAUCAUCAAAUUCAACACCAAUUGCAGCCACACCAAUCUCACCACUAACUGCACCAACAUCACCACCCCCACCACCACCUCCACCAACAAAUUUUAAUAGUAAAUUUAAUAAUAAUAAUAAUAAUAAUAUAAAUAAUUCAUCAAAUAACAACACAACUGUACCACCAUCACCACCACCAAUAAUUGUAUUGCCAAAAUCACCAUCUUCAAGAUCACCAAGACCAGCAAGUGCACCAGUUCCAAGUGCACCAUUUUUAGUAAAUAAUCGAGUAAUAAAUACAUCAUCGAGUAGUAAUAUUAGUACAAAUAAUACAGAUUUAAAUUUAUCAUCAUCGUCUUCAUCAUCACCCCCAUUAAAUAUUUCGACUGCUUCACCAUCAAAAUCUGAAGAUUCCCCACCAACAGUAUCCCCUUCAUAUAAGCAGCAGCAACAACAACAACAACAGCAACAACAACAACAACAACAAUUAAAUAAUUCAUCAAAUUCUUCAUAUUCACCAAAACCAAGAUCACCAUCUGUAUCAUCACCACCACCUUCAUCAAUUUCACCAAAUUCAUCUCCUAUUGGUUCACCAAAUAUAUCAUUUCAUCAUCACCAACAACAUCAAAUCCCACCACCACCUCCUGUAUUAUCAAACACCAACAACAACAACAACAACAACAACAACAACAACAACAACAACAACAACAACAACAACAAUAACAACAAUAAUAAUAACAAUAACAACAACAACAACAACACCAACCAUACCAACAAAAAAGAAGGAGAUUCUAGUUGGUUUAAUAUGAGCUUUAAAUUCUUUAAAAAGAAAUUGGUCCCAUCCAAUGAAUAUAGAUGGGAUUUAAGAAAAUCAAAUUCACUUACAUUAAAUAUUGAAGAUAAAAGUAGAUGUUCUUACAGACUACCAACAUCUGGUUCAAAAGGUAUUGCAAAAUCAACACAACCAUUUUCAAGUUCUUUUACUUAUUUUGAAUUAUUCAUUACAAAUGGUAAUGGAGAUAAAAUAUGUUUUGGUUUAACAACAAAUGAUCAUCCAAUUGAAGUAUAUCCAGGUAAUUAUCAAGGAUCAUAUGGAUAUAGUGGAGAUGGUAAAUGUUAUUUUGGAACCAAUGAAGGUAGAGUUUAUGGACCAAGUUUUAGCAGCGGAGACGUUGUAGGAUGUGGUUAUGAUUCAAGUUCAAAAACAUUAUAUUUUACAAAGAAUGGUGUAUAUUUAGGAGUUGCAGCACAAAAAGUGAAUCUAAUUGGAUUGUAUCCAACCGUUGGUUUACAAAAUCCCGGUGAAUCAGUGGUAAUCAAUUUCUUUGGACCAUUCUCUUAUCGUGGUGCACCCGAAAAACCAAGUAAACAAAGUACCAUCAAAGAUAGUGGUGGUAGUUCAAUUAUACCAUCAGAGGAUUUAAUACCGAAGGAAGAGUUUGAAGUAUGUCGUUGGAGCGAAAAGAAAAACUAUCAUGGUAAGCAUGUAGUGGUUCGAAAUAGAACAGCAUUCUUACCUUUGGACUCACCAAAGGAUACAAUCGGUGGAGUUCGUGCCACUCAACCAUUUGGAGAGGGAUUUUGUUAUUUCGAAGUAAUCAUCGAUCAAUUAGACAAAGGUCAACUUUCAAUUGGUUUAGCAAAUCUUGAAUAUCCAACAUUUUAUCAUGUUGGAUGGAUGCCAAGAUCCUAUGGUUAUCACAAUGACGAUGGUAGAAAAUUUAGAUGGAGAGAAGAACCUGGCGUUAACGAAGGUGAGUCUUAUGGUUCCUCCUAUAAAAAAGGUGAUAUUAUUGGUUGUGGUCUAUCUUUUACGAGUAGAGAAAUUUUUUUCACAAAAAAUGGUAUGUACUUGGGUACUGCCUUUUCAAAUGUAUAUGGUGUUUUCUAUCCAUCUGUAGCUUUUAAUGAGCCUGGAAUCUCUAUAACAGGAGUUUUUGGACCUCCAUUUAAAUUCUCUCAAGUUACUUUAAUGCUUAAAAAUGUAAAUUCAACUUCAAUUUUAGUACCUAAUGGUAAUAAUAAUAAUAAUAGUAAUAAUAAUAAUAAUAAUAAUAAUAAUAAUAUAAUAGGUAAUGGUAAAAUAACCACUACCACAACAACAUCAACAUCACCUUCAUCAAUAAAUAAUAAUGAAGAUAUUUCAUCAAAUAAUAAUAAUAAUAAUAAUAAUAAUAAUAAUAAUAAUAAUAAUAAUAAUAAUAAUAAUAAUAAUAAUAAUAAUAAUAAUAAUAAUAAUAGUAAUAGUAGUAAUACUAAUAAUAACAAUAUUAAUAAUACUACUAAUAAUAAUAAUAGUAAUAGUAAUAAUAAUAAUAAUAAUAAUAAUAGUAACAGCAAUAGCAACAGCAAUAAUAAUAAUAUUAAUAACAACAAUAAUAAUAAUAAUAAUAACAAUAAUAUAUAUUUAACAAAAAAACCAUCAAUAGGGUCGACAGAUGAAUCAUCAACAGGUAGUUUAGGUGGUAAUAAUAGCAGCGGCAAUAAUAAUAGUAGUAGUGGUAGUAUAGGUAAUAAUAGUAGUAUAAUUAAACAAAGAUCACCUCCUCACUCUAUAAAUGGACCAUUAAUGUUACCUCCAUCUUCAACCAAUAAUAAUAAUAAUAUUUAUUCUUCAUAUAAUUCAACAACAGCAGGCUCAUCGACAACUAUCCUGCCAACAUUAAAUCAUCCAAUAUUUGGUAACACCACUUCAAACAACAACUCAUCAUCAACUCUUUCAGUAGGUGGUAAUAAUAAUCUAUUAGGUAGACAUUGUCAAUCAUUACCAAUUACAGCUUCAACCAAUCAUACUUUAUCAUCAUCAUUGGGUGUAUCAUUUUCAUCACCAUCAAGUUCACCAAAAACAUCACCACGUAAAAUUGUCAAUAGUAGUGAAGAUUUAGGUUUUGUUCAAACAUUCCAAGAUCAAGAUGGUCAACCACCAUCAGCUUGGAGACGUUGUGGUAAAUCAAUAAAGACCAAAGAUGAUAUCACUCUCACCAUCAUAAAGAAAAAGACAUCGGUUGCAAUGGCCGAUCGUCCAUUCUCAUCCAAUUCAAGCUCAACCAUUUGUUACUUUGAAGUUUAUUUAGAGGGUCAUGAUAAAAAAGGUUCAAUCACUGUGGGUUUAAGUCAUUCAACAUAUCCAUUUAUUAAACAUAUUGGACGUGAACCAAAAUCCUACGGUUUCUCAAGUGAAGGAGAAAAGUAUGGUGGAAGUGAAAUUGGUGAACCUUAUGGUCCUUUCUUUUUCUUUGAUGGUGAUUCAAUCGCAAGUAGUUGUGUAAUUGGUUGUGGUAUCAAUACCUCCACCAGAGACAUAUUCUUUACAAAGAAUGGUCACUAUUUAGGCGUUGCUUUCUCUAGAGUUACCUCUGAUCCACUCUAUCCUUCCAUCUCAUUCAGAGGUGUUGUGGGUGGACUUUGUGUUGCAACUUUCCCAGGUGGUCAUUUCAGAUUCAAUAUCGAAGAUUUACCUGGUAUUUCUCCAUCAGUUUGGACUGAAGCCUUGGGACCAGAUCGUCAAGGUUCAGGUUUCAAAAAUUGGGCACCAAACGACGUUGCAAUUUGGUUGGAAUCUUUCAACUAUGGUCAAUAUAGAAAGAAUUUCCGUGAUAACAAUAUCUCUGGUCGUCAUUUAGAAGGAAUCACUCAUGCAAUGUUAAAGAAUGAUUUAGGUAUUGAACCCUAUGGACAUCGUGAGGAUAUUAUCAAUCGUCUCAAUAGAAUGAUUCAAAUUUGGAAUGACAAGAGUCCAGAUUCUUAUCCAAAGAUUGCUAUCGAUAGUAGUGAUAAGAUUAGAUGGCCAGCCAGUGGCGGCAGUAGUGGUGGAAUCAAUAUUAGCGGAGGAGUUGUCAUUGGUAGUAGUAGUGGUAGUGAUGAUGGUAUUACAGAGAUCUCAAGCUCAUCAAAGAAUAUAAGACCCUACAAAAGUUAUACACAAAAGGAAAUUGAAGAUAGAAAUCGCAGAAGUACAAUUAGUGGAGGUGAAAAGAAAAAUAAAUAUUAUAUCGAUAACCAAAUGGAUCCACAUCAAAUUGGUUCAAUGGAUUCCGAUGGUUUACUUCCAGAUUUUGGUCAAGGUCCACCCGAUGAAAAGAAUUCUUCAAAAACCUUAUCCAAUGAACAAAUUAGAUAUCUACAACAAAGAAAAGACGAGCCACCUAUUGCUAUCAGUAGUACCGGAAAUGGUGGUAGUGUAAGUAGUACUGGUGGUAGUAGUGGUUUCUUAACUUUUCCUUCUUCAAAUUCUUUAACUCAUCCACCUCAAAGAGAUAAACCAACUCAAGAAUUCACUCAUUUACCUCCAAUCACUUCAAAUUAUAAAGGUAUAACUAAUACAGGUCAACCACAUAAAUCAUUUGAUCAACCAUUAGAAUUAUUUCCAAGACAUUCAGCAUUUUCUAAUAAUGGUAAUAAUGGUAAUAAUAAUAAUAAUAAUAAUAAUAAUAAUAUUAAAGCAAAUCAACAACAACAACAACAAUCAUCAUAUCAACAAUCUCAAACACAACAACAACAACAACAUAUUACAUCAACAUCAACAUCAACAACUAAUAAAUGGAUUGACCCAUUUGGUGGUUGGGAAACUCAAUCAUCAUUAUCACAUCCACCAUCACGUCCACCACCACCUCCACCACCACCACCACAACUACCAGUUAGAUCAGAAUACGAGAUUGAUUUCAAUGAAUUAGAAUUUGGUCAAACCAUUGGUAAAGGUUUCUUUGGUGAAGUAAAGAGAGGUUAUUGGAGAGAGACUGAUGUUGCCAUAAAAAUCAUCUAUCGUGAUCAAUUCAAAACCAAAUCAUCAUUGGUUAUGUUUCAAAAUGAAGUUGGAAUACUAAGUAAAUUAAGACAUCCAAAUGUAGUUCAAUUUUUGGGUGCAUGUACUGCAGGAGGUGAAGAUCAUCAUUGUAUAGUAACAGAAUGGAUGGGUGGAGGUAGUUUAAGACAGUUCUUGACUGAUCAUUUCAAUUUACUCGAACAAAAUCCACAUAUUCGUUUGAAGUUGGCUUUGGAUAUUGCAAAAGGAAUGAAUUAUCUACAUGGUUGGACUCCACCCAUUCUUCAUCGUGAUUUAUCCUCAAGAAACAUUUUAUUGGAUCACAACAUCGAUCCAAAGAAUCCUGUAGUUUCCUCAAGACAAGAUAUUAAAUGUAAGAUCUCUGAUUUUGGUCUAAGUAGAUUAAAGAUGGAACAAGCCUCUCAAAUGACUCAAUCGGUUGGUUGUAUUCCCUACAUGGCACCAGAGGUUUUCAAAGGCGAUAGUAAUAGUGAAAAGAGUGAUGUUUACUCCUAUGGCAUGGUUUUGUUUGAACUAUUAACCUCUGAUGAACCUCAACAAGAUAUGAAACCAAUGAAAAUGGCUCACUUGGCUGCUUAUGAAUCUUAUCGUCCUCCAAUUCCAUUAACUACCUCUUCCAAGUGGAAAGAAAUUCUAACUCAAUGUUGGGAUUCUAAUCCUGAUAGUCGUCCAACCUUUAAACAAAUCAUUGUUCAUCUCAAAGAAAUGGAAGAUCAAGGUGUAUCUUCUUUUGCAUCUGUACCUGUUCAAACUAUUGAUACUGGUGUUUAUGCUUAA